UGCUUCCAGCAGUUCCAUUUAACUCGGAACCUUUUAUUCUUUACUUACAAAAAAUUGUACAAUUACUACUCGAUUUUGUACAUAUUGUUUGCUAUAAUUUACAAUCUUGUAUCACUCUUUUUUCACUGUUAUAUAAAUUUUUAUGUAAAGGUGGAUAGAAGGUACAAGAACUACUGUGACCAGAUGAAGGCUGUGGUAUCAUCAUUUGAAGCAGUGGCUGGAAAUGGGGCUGCAACAGUGUAUUCUGCCCUAGCUUCAAAGGCCAUGUCAAGGCACUUUAGGUGUUUAAGAGAUGGAAUUGUAGGGCAGAUUAAGGCCACCAUGAAAGCAAUGGGGGCAAAAGACACUGCUGCUCCCGGCACGACGAGAGGAGAGACACCAAGACUUAGACUUCUUGAUCAAACUUUAAGGCAGCAAAAGGCAUUCCAGCAAAUGAACAUGAUGGAAAGCCAUCCGUGGAGACCUCAACGAGGGUUGCCUGAAAGAUCGGUUACUGUUCUUCGCGCUUGGCUUUUCGAGCACUUCCUCCACCCGUAUCCAAGUGAUGUAGAUAAACACAUUUUAGCCCGCCAAACAGGUCUCUCAAGAAGCCAGGUGUCUAAUUGGUUCAUCAAUGCUAGGGUGAGGCUAUGGAAACCAAUGGUGGAACAAAUGUAUUUAGAAGAACUAAAGGAAAAAGAGUGCUUGAAUGAUGAUUCUACCACCAAUCUUGAUGAGAACAAUGAUCAGCUAAAUUCCUCAAGAAAUAUAGACGAAAAACCGAACCAUGAUCAACUGAUAAGAAUCGAUUCCGAAUGUCUCUCUUCAAUCGUGAACAAUCCGGAGAAAAAUGAUGGAAAAAAGAGUAAAACCCUUCAAAAUNAUCAUCAUUCCACAGGUGGGGCCGGUGCGGCUCCCAAUUACGUCGGCAGCAGCAGCGGUGGCGGUGGUGGUGGGGGCGUAUCUUUGACAUUGGGAUUGCACCAUGCAAGUGUUGGGGUGAGCUUAGCAUUUCCCUCAGCCUCACAGAACUCACUUUUCUACCCUAGAGACCACAUUGAAGAUUGCCAAACAGUUCAAUACUCACUCUUGGACAGUGAAAGCCAGAAUUUGCCAUACAGGAAUUUGAUGGGUGCACAGUUGCUGCAUGAUUUGGCUGGAUAGUCUUGGAUUUGGAUGACCUCCAUUUUGUUGUAUUGAAGGAAUGUCUAUCUAAUUCGACCAAAAACAAGAAACUACUGAAACUACUCUAUGGUAAAAGGAAAAAGAAGAUUUUGUGUGGGUUAUUAGAAAAUUCUGGAUUAGGGAAAAUUUAUCUACAAUUUGGGUUAGGUUUAGAAUCAAAGUAAUGCUUCAAUGGCUGGUAGUCAGUAUUUGGAUUGUUUUUUGUUUCUUAGUUAAUUAGAGCAAUGUUUUUAUUACAAGGGGAUGAUAUCUAUGUCAUUGGCUAAAUGUCAUUUUUUUUUCACCAUUU